AUGAGCUCACACGACCGGCACUCUGAUGGAGAUGUCAAGUCGACAGACUCUGACAAACACUCGAUAUCCUCCAUUCCUGUUCCCGAUCAGCCGGAAGUCGAGUCAAUCUCAACACCGCUGCCCACCACCGACGGCAUUCAUCCUGUCCCGAAUCACGACGAACAUGAUGCGUCAUCACUGGAGAAACAAGCCACGGCCUCGAUAGCCAGCGAAGACAUUGACCCCGUAUUCGUACCCAAAGGACAAAGAAGAGGACUACUAGCCCGUGUGGCUGUAGUGGCAGAGGUCGAGAAUCCCAAACACUAUGCUCGACGGACAAAAUGGCUCAUCACCUUUGUGGUAGCUAUGGCAGGUGCUGGUGCUCCGUUGGGUAGUGCAAUCAUCCUGCCCGGUUUAUCACAGAUCGACCGUGAAUUCAACUCUUCAUCCACGGUCACCAACCUGUCGGUAGCAUUUUACAUGUUAGCUAUGAGUGUGUUCCCGCUUUGGUGGAGUAGCUUCUCCGAGAUCCUAGGAAGGAGAACUAUAUAUCUGGUCUCCUUCUUCUUAUUCCUGGUCUUCAACAUCCUGAGUGCGGUCAGUGUGAGUAUUACCAUGUUCAUCAUUAUGCGCGUCCUUUCUGGGGGCGCUGCUGCUUCAGUACAAGCUGUUGGUGCUGGAACCAUUGCCGAUGUCUGGGAUGUCAAGGAACGUGGUAAUGCCAUGAGCAUGUUCUAUCUGGGACCCCUUUGUGGACCGUUGAUUGCUCCUAUUGUUGGAGGAGCAUUAACACAAGGUCUCGGAUGGAGGAGCACCAUGUGGUUCACAACUAUAUAUGGCGGAGUGCUCUGGUUUCUUCUUCUCUUCUUCCUGCCGGAAACACUGAAGGAUACUGUCUCAACCUCAGACAUCAUCGCAGCCUCGGAAAAGGACGACAACACUAGACCCACCCUCUCAAGAACCAGCACCCGCCAAAGUGUCGCUCUGAAGUCCAAGAGAUACGUCACGAUCCUCCGUCGCUGGUUCGUCGACCCUCUGGCCAUCAUCCUCAACCUUCGCAUUCCAGCGGUCGCUCUAGUAGUCUACUACGCAUCCAUAACCUUCGGCUCCCUCUACGUCCUCAACAUCUCCGUCCAACAAACCUUCGACUCGGAUCCCUAUAACUACUCGACCAUAAUCGUCGGUCUCCUCUACAUUCCCAACUCGCUAGGCUACUUCCUCGCCUCCCUGCUCGGCGGAAAAUGGGUCGAUAAAAUCAUGGCCCGAGAAGCCAAAAAGGCGAACCGAUACGAUGAGCACGGCCACCUCAUCUACCGCCCCGAAGACCGACUUCGUGAAAACGCAUGGCUGGGCGCCCUCAUGUUCCCACUAGCCUUGAUCUGGUACGGCUGGUCCGCCCGCUACGGCACAUUCUGGCUCGUCCCCAUGAUAGCAAACUUCUUCUUCGGCAUCGGCAGCAUGCUAAUCUUUGCCGUCGUCACCACCAUGCUCACUGAAUUCAUGCCCAAAAAAGCCAGUCAUGGUAUCGCGCUUAACAAUUUCGUUCGCAAUAUUUUCUCGUGUGUGGGUAGUAUUGUUGCUAGUCCUUUGAUUGACUGGUGUGGGGAUGGGUGGUUGUUUACGGUCAUUGGGAUUUGGUGUUUGGUUAGUGGGGUGCUUGUUAUUUGGAGUAUGAGGAGGUUUGGGGAGGGGUGGAGGGUUAGAGCUGCUGAACUUAUGGUUUAG